UAAAGAUGUGGCACUUCACUGUCUCCUUACUGGAGACGAGUUUUAAAUUGUUCAUCCCCUUACUUUUAUUUAAGUAGUUUUAUUUUAAUGUUCCUUUAUCAUUAACUCAUGGAUUAUUAGCAAUCAGUUUUGGUAUACGCAGUUUCCUCAGUCAGUCCACUUUUCUGCAUUAUUGGGCCAUCAGAAUUGGGACUGAACCCCCAAAGAGAAAUUUUCGUUUUCCAUUUCCUUCUCCCCGAGCACACUCUGCCUAAAAGAAAUGAACAUGCUGUGUGUGUGUCGCUUGGAUUAAGGGCUAAAGAAGGUCGAGAAGUCACCACUUGGACUCGGCGUUCCCCUGCCCCUCCUUUCUCCUCCGCCUGUCCUCUUGCUCUUCAUCUCGCCAUCACUAAUUCUACCUAUUUCCAUUAAGACCCGGGGCUCAGAGAGGCUCUCGCUCCACCUGCUUUCCCCCGAAAAAGGCACCUUGGUUUGGGGCAAGACCCAGUCCAACACGGCGCCUCCAACUUCAAGGAAACCAGGGCAUCACUUCUUCAGUCUAAAGGAUUUCUGUUUUAAAUUCUGCAAGCAACAAUCAUUUUUCGGGCACGGAUAAGGUGGAGAAAUAUUCUUUGGAUCUUUCUGUUUCUUAACCUUGGUUGGAAUAACCCAUUUUUAAAGAACUACUUCAUUAAUUUUUCUUUUUCUUCUUCUUUGUGCACUUCUUUCUAAUUUGGACAAGUGCAGUGCUGUUCAUGGUGUGACUUCUCCUGGACACAGCAUUCUUAUGGAAGAUUUACUCGAGAAGGCCUUGAAGAAGAAACAUCAGUCCAGGAAUGGCUGGGUAUUGUGCAAUGUCUGACCCAGUGUUAGGCUAGCACCCCAUUAACGGCCAAAGGACACCCAGUCUGGCUUUUACCACCAUUUUGUCCUCUAAGGACACAGCCACACACUCACACCACAACACACUGACACUUACACACAAACACACACCUCCUGUUCCACUACCUUUUCAAUUUAUCCCUGAGUCGUAGCAACAGCAUUCACAAUGGCCACCCAUAAGGACAUUACUAGCUUACUCUGGCAGUCACACCAUCCACGAUGGCACCAAGGACCUUCUGUGAAACCGAGGAGACGGCGAAAAGUAGCGAGAAGUACCCAACAGGACUUACAGAGUGACACACCUAUGCCUUCAAACCGGGUACUGCGGGGCCAUGGCUUGUGGGGCAACUGGCUCCUCCUGCCUCUAGUUAUGAUCUCUUACUUGCCCUGUGAAGCCUGGGGAGCCACCUUCAAGAUCGCCCUUGUGGGACCCUGGACAUGUGACCCCUUGUACUCCAAGGCUCUGCCCGACCUGGCUGCUCGAUUGGCUGUCAGCCGCAUGAACAAGGACCCCACCCUCAACAAGGGCUACUGGUACGACUACACGCUCAUCAACGAAGACUGCCAGACAUCCCGGGCCCUGGCGCAAUUCGCAGAGCUAGAGGGCUACGGCUCGGCCUUUCUGGGGCCAGCAAACCCAGGCUACUGCUCUUCUGCUGCCCUGCUGACAAAGAACUGGAAUGUAGGCCUCUUGUCUUGGGCAUGCCUUUCAGCAAAGAUGGAGGAUGACGUGUACCCUACAUUUACACGUCCACUGCCGCUCUCGUCCCGUGUGCUGUUUGCUGUGCUGCGUUUCUUCCGCUGGGCACACGUGUCCAUCGUGUCUGAGGAGAGUGAUAUCUGGGAGGCAACUGGACAAGAGCUGGCUUCCUCGCUCCGCAGCCUGGGCCUACCUGUCAGCACUGUGGUCACAAUGGAGACGGACAAAGAAGGUCCUCGGAGGGCUCUGCAGAAAGUACGGAAUGCGGACCGUGUAAGAGUGGUCAUCAUGUGCAUGAACUCUGUCCUUUUCGGUGGAGAAGCCCAAUACAAUCUAUUGACCACGGCGACCCAUAUGCGCAUGAUCGAUCGCGGCUACAUCUUCAUCCCAUACGACACUCUGCUCUACCCCUUGCCAUAUAAAAAUGUCAGCUACCCCGUGCUGGCCAACGACACAAAGCUACGACGGGCGUACGAUGCAGUCCUCACCAUCACCAUAGAUCAAGAAGAACAGAACUUCUACGAGGCCUUUAAAGAAGCUCAGGACAGCUACGAGAUCCGCAGCCCGGCUGCACCUGAACAGGUCUCUCCAUUCUUUGCCACUAUCUAUAACAUGCUGUACUACACGGGCAUGGCGGUGGAGCAGAGCCGGGCGGCCGGUGGGGGCCGCUGGGUAACCGGAGAUGCUCUAGCAAUGAACGAGGGAAACUUUGAGUUCAACGGCUUCAACCAGCACGUGUCAUCAGGAAAGGAGGGCGAGGGCAUGCAGGUCCGGUAUGUGGUGCUGGACACGGACGGGGUGAGCUCCAGCUUGUAUCGCACCCACACCCUGGAGGCAUCGCACACCUUCGCCAAGUUUGGGGCGCUGAAGUACAUGGGCAAGUCCAUUCACUUCGCUGGAGCAUCACCCAGCACUGACCCCAACUGCUGGUUCAGCAGUUACGUGGCCUGCAGCGGCGGUAUGGAUGGCGUGACUUUCUUUUUCCUCUUCCUCCUCCUCUGCGCUAUGGUGGCUGCUAGUGUUUUCCUCUAUCACAUGAAAGGAAGUGGCCAGGUGGGUAUUUUAGGAGCGUUUGGAGGUGGAGGAGGUGGAGUUGGAUCCACACCGAAGCUGGUGCUCACAUUGGACGACCUGGUCUUUAUCAACACACAACUCAGCAAAAAGAAACUGAAUGAAGACAGUUUAGUGAAGAGUCAGUUAGAUGUGAAGACCCCUCACCACUCAGUUUCAGGGCGCAGCUACAUCACAUCCACUCCUGAAAGCUCCAGUGUGGCUGUGUUUGAGGGUGACUGGGUGUGGUUGAAGAGAUGUCCCAAUGGAUCAUCUGUCACAGAUAUCAACGACAGUGCCCAAAAGAACUUUAUUAAGCUCAGGGACAUGCGUCAGGAAAACCUCAACCUGUUCCUGGGGUUGUUCCUGGACUCUGGCAUUUUUGGGAUAGUGGUGGAACACUGCACAAGAGGAAGCCUGGAAGAUCUGCUCAACAACGAGGACAUGAGGCUGGACUGGAUGUUUAAAUCCUCUCUGCUCCUGGACUUGGUCAGGGGAAUGAAGUACCUGCAUCAUCGGGCCAUCAUUCAUGGCCGCCUGAAGUCUCGGAACUGUGUGGUAGAUGGACGCUUCGUUCUGAAGGUGACAGAUUACGGCUUGAAUGAAAUUAUGAUCUCCCAAAACAUCUCCCAGGAAGAGAGCAAACCAGAGGAUCUGUUAUGGACCUCCCCAGAGCUGCUCCGCAGUGCAAAGCUGAUGAAGACGGGCACAUACCCAGGAGAUGUCUACAGCUUCUCCAUCAUAAUGCAGGAGGUCAUCUCCCGCAGUGCUCCUUUCUGCAUGCUGGACAUGCCCCCACAAGAGAUUGUAGACAAGGUACGCUCUCCUCCUCCUCUGUGCCGGCCAACCGUAUCAGUGGAUGAGGCUCCACUAGAGGUGAUUCAGUUGAUGAAGCAGGCCUGGAGCGAAGAGCCUGACCUCAGACCCACAUUUGAGGAAAUCUUCAAACAGUUUAAGACCAUCAGUAAAGGGAAGAAGACGAACAUCAUAGACUCCAUGCUGCGCAUGUUGGAGCAGUACUCCACUAACCUAGAGGAUCUGAUCCGGGAGAGAACAGAAGAGCUGGAGGUUGAGAGACAGAAAACUGACGCCCUGGUGGCUCAGAUGUUGCCCAAGUCCGUGGCCCUGGCUCUGAAAACAGGGAAGCCUGUGGUACCAGAGCAUUUCUCAGAGGUUACGCUUUACUUCAGUGACAUCGUGGGCUUUACCACCAUCUCAGCCCUGAGUGACCCCAUCGAGGUUGUGGACCUGCUCAAUGACCUCUACACAUCCUUCGACUCCAUCAUUGGCAUGCAUGAUGUCUACAAGGUAGAAACUAUUGGAGAUGCGUACAUGGUGGCGUCUGGAGUCCCAAACCGCAAUGGAAAGCGGCAUGCUGCAGAGAUGGCCAACAUGUCUCUGGACAUCUUGUCCUGCAUCGGGACGUUCAAGAUGAGACACAUGCCCACCGUAAAAGUCAGAAUCCGCAUCGGACUGCACUCAGGUCCAGUGGUAGCUGGAGUGGUGGGGUUGACAAUGCCUAGGUACUGUCUGUUCGGUGACACAGUAAACACAGCAUCUCGAAUGGAAUCCACAGGACUGUCUUAUAGAAUACACAUGAACAUCAGCACAGUCAAUGUCCUCAGAGAUCUCAAUCUCGGGUACAAAAUAGACUCAAGGGGCAAGACAGAACUGAAGGGAAAGGGAGUAGAGGAGACGUACUGGUUGGUGGGUAGAGAGGGAUUCGAUAAGCCUCUGCCUAUUCCCCCAGACACUGCAGGAGGGGGUAAUCACGGCAUCAGCUUGGAGGAAAUUCCAGAAGACAGAAAACAGAAAUUCCUGGAACGGCAGAAGAAGAUGGGUUAACAGAAAACUAACUUUAGGUGAUGAUGCCCACGUUCCCCAACUGGCCGCCAUCAGUUCGCAAACAGACUGCCAGCACUCUACAAAAGAUUCAGGGCAAUUUAGAGAGGGUUGGAAGGUAAGAAUCGGUGGCUAGGAGGUAUUUCCAGAUACCCCGACUACCCUUAACAACCUUCCCAAACAUGCACAAAUGGAGCUGAGGUUUCAUGACCCAAGGACAUCAAGACCCUCUCCCAGUGUCUGGGGAAACCACCUCAAAGCUCUCAAUGUGAUCUAACUGCAAUCUGACGUGGAAGACCACCAGAGACAUUACACACCGGCUAGAGAUUCUACUGCAACUUAGCCAAUACCUUACCAAACUAGCUAAAACUCUAUACAACACUGUAGUGUGUGUUUAGUCAGACUAUGCAUUAAGACACAACGAGAAUGAUGAGAAAGAUUUACUCACAGUACUGGCAGAGUACAACACGUGGUUUACCCGUAAGGUUUAUUCACUUGGUAGAUGUUUUAAAGUCUUCUUUUAUACAAAACCAAACAAAUUAACACCCCCUAUUUAAUAAUUAAAUACAUAAAAAGGUGCUUGUUUGUUAGGCAUCUGUACUUGAUCAUAUAAUUGUCCUCCCUAAAGGAUUUAUCACAAAUAAUACAAGUACUGAGAAGCAUAUUUAAACAAAUUUUAAAUAGUAGUUGUUUCUCUCAUUCCUACUUGUUUUCUAAGUAUGAUGUUCUUUACAGCAAAAGCACAGGGUGAGAUUUUAGCUUUCUAUUGUCUGCUUUAGUAGUGAGACAUACAACUUACUCUCCACAAUCAAAAACGAGAACUAGUCCACAUUUGAAUUACAGUAUCAUUGUAUUAUUUAAGAAAAUCCUAUGUUGUCAGAUGGAGUUACCAUUAUCAGUAAACUUGUGCAAUUUUUAAAAAAGAUGUGUGUGCAUGAACUGCGACGCAGUCACCAUUUCUUUUCAAGAGAAAAAAGGUGAUUGUACUGUAUCUAUCUCCCUCCAUAAUGAUGAGGCACUAAAUGGGUUCAAAGGAGCUGAUGAAACCAUUCCAGGCACAGCCUUCCGGGACACCUGGCCAGAGAGGACGGGACGGCUCUCCUGGACUCUCUAAGCUCCUGUUCAGGUCCUCGGGUGGGCAUGUUUUCUAUUAAUGCAAGUGCACUGUGUUACUGUAGAAUCUAGCUACUGUUCAAACAGUAAUUCUGAUGCAAUUUUGUAAAUAAAAAUGGGUUUAGUGGAGAA